UACUUGAUUAAACCUCUUCGAUUUAAUCUUCUCAUCCGUUUUUCCGAUAUCCAAACGGAGAGAGGAAAAGAUUCUAAAGUUUCAGUUGGAAAACUCGAUUGUUUUCUUCUGAGAACACGGAUAAUGGGAACAUCUUCUUCAACAGAGGAGAAGGCGGUCUCCGCCGAGCAGCGGGAGGUGGAAACCAUGGCUGCCUCCACCGGAGCUCUGCCUAUGCUUCAAAAAUCAUUUUCAUGCCUUCCUGAUGUUCAAACAAAUGCAAUUUCUCCUCAAUCUUUAAAGAAAUUCUUCAAUUUAAGCUAUAAAGUGCCUAGUUGUGAAGCACCUGUGGCAAGGAUGUCUGAUUCCUUUUCUGCGUUGUUGGAUCAUCUGGGGUCAUCAAUGGUAGACUUAUAUUUCAUACCCGAAAAGGAAGACGUAAGUUGGGUCAAUUUUGUGAAGGGUUAUGUGAAGUGCUGCGGAAGAUUGUCAGCUUCAAUGUCGUUUAAUAGGUUGUUGAGAUUGUUUGCUGUGACAGCUAGAAAAGCCGGACUUCCCUUAAAACUGGAGUUUGAAUCUGAUGAAGCUGAUUGCAAAAUUAAUGGGUUUCUUAAACCUGCUGAUGUGCUUAUGCUUCUUUGUAUGUGUUGGACCAUGUCUUGGGAUUCAAGAGCAAAAUCUUUGAAGGAGCAACAGAAUCUUUAUCUGCCAGAUCUUGGCCAUUUGGUAUUAUCUGCUGUUUUGUCCUGUGCUGAAGUUGGCAGUGACCUGAAUUUAUGGGAGUGGGAUAUCUCUGGCUUAGAAAUUGAACUUCCCAUAGGGAACUUUCUUACAUGGGCCUUCACUACGGUGCCUGCCAUUACAGAUUGCUUUAUACAAUUUUUCCACGCAAGACUGGAGAACUGUUCUACCGUGAAGGAGAAAUCAGAAAGUUUGAAGUCAACAUUAGGACAAACUUUAACCAAGACUUAUGAUGAUUGUCUUCUAGACUGUGGAAGGGCAUGGGCAGUUUCCCUUACAUUUACAAGUACAAUGAGUGAAGAAAUUCUGAAAUCAUGCUUUCCUAGUGAUGAUGGUGGCAGAGAUGAGAAUCUUCUUUAUCGGUCUUCUCUUCACGGGAGGGGUUUGAACAGAUUCUGGUCUAAUAUUGAAGGUUAUCAUGCUCCAUUGUUUAUUUUAGUUUCUGCCAGUUCUGCUGAUAUCCAUGAGAAUAGUACCACAGAGAGGAAAUGGAUGAUAGGUGUACUUAUUCAUCAGGGUCUUGAAAGCAAGGAUGUAUUCUAUGGAAGCUCAGGAAACUUGUAUGCUAUAAGUCCAGUGUUUCAUGUGUUCCCCCCUACAGGGAAGGAGAAAAAUUUUGUGUACAGCCAUUUGCAUCCUACUGGUAGAGUUUACGAGCCACAUCCAAAACCUGUUGGAAUUGCAUUUGGAGGAACAAUUGGGAAUGAAAGAAUUUUUAUUGAUGAAGAUUUUGAUCGAGUUGUAGUUCGUCAUCAUGCCAUUGACAAAACUUACAAACCUGGUUCCCUUGCCCCAAACCAGGGCUUUCUCCCAGUUGAGUCUCGGAUUUCAGAGGUGGAAGUUUGGGGAUUAGGCGGCAGGAGAGCAAGGGAGGUCCAAAAUUCUUAUAAGAAGAGAGAAGAACUUUUCACUGAGCAAAGACGCAAGGUUGACCUGAAAACAUUUGCAAAUUGGGAAGAUUCACCUGAGAAAAUGAUGAUGGACAUGAUGUCUGAUCCCAACAGCGUUCAACGAGAAGACCGCUAGAUACAAACGAAUUACACUGAGGAUAUAUAAAACUACAAGUUACUAGUUUGCAUUAUUUUUCUCUCGGUCCUUUCUGUUUGUUUUGGUAUGUUUGUUACAGGUAUCAAGAAUUCUGGUGAAAGAUCUAUAUGUUUGAGCAAAGUGCCAAUGUAUUGUAGUAGUAUAUAAACAUCCUGGGUUUGUUUGUGCAAACAUAUCCAGAAACACCUGUCUGUUGAUCCUUAUGUCUCGUCAAUUAACUGCAGGACAGCUGAUUACUACUGCUUUGUUGUGUGUAUAGCGUAUGGAAAUACCAACCCAUACAAGUCUGUUGUAAUCCUCUGUUGUGGAAAGAAUUCCCAUAUCUUUGGAUCUUUAAUUUGGUUUCA